GAUAUAGUAUGUUUGCGAUUGGAUUCGGCGUUGUGAUAUUUGGCACCUGGCGGAUGAUUAAGUGGAACAGGGAGAGGAGGCGCUGCACGAUUGAGGACUUGGAGGCGAGGAUAGCGCUGAUGCCUCUGAUGCAGGCAGAGAAGGACCGAAGUAUUUUAAGGUUGAUGAGAGAAAACUUGGACGAGGAGGCGAUUAUUAUGAAAGACGUUCCAGGCUGGAAGGUCGGCGAAAGCGUCUACCACACAAAACGCUGGGCUGUCCCUAUAACAGAUGAGCUAUUCAACCUUCGGCCAAAAAAAGAGUUCAUGCACCAGAAGUUUGGCUUCUUAAGAUACUAGUCCAUCUGGAGAAACACCGUCACAGGUUCCACCACCUCCGAUGUGAACUGCWUUCACUCACUCGAGCUUGUAAACGUUCAAUAUUAAAAUCCUUGUUCUGUACCUUUUA